AUGGCUGGAACUUGCUCGAUGCUUUGCCUGAUCCUCGUCACAUUGUUCAUCCCUCCACUUGGCGUUUUCCUCAUCUCCGGCUGCAGCGCUGAUUUCUUCAUUAAUAUUCUAUUGACGAUCCUUGGGUACGCUUCCCUGUUAACCCAAUCCCUGGUCUUCUCUGCCGAAUACACGAUGACUAGCAUGGCUAUGUCACCACCUAUAUGCACGAUUACAUUCAACUCCAUGUCAACAGCACAACUAACACAGAAUAGGUAUCUCCCGGGCCAUAUCCACGCCUUCUACCUUGAAUAUGUAUACUACAGGCAACGCGAUGGGGCAACAGGACGCGCACCGGGUGUAUACUCCGAGCGAAUCCAGCGUGGUGGUCACCAUGAAACAACCUAUGGUGCCAUUCAGAAUUAG